AUGGCUUUAAUAGUACCAGUAUUCAUUGCCCUUGUGGUCAUCUACAUUCUCUCGUUCUAUAAACAGAUUCGAAACUAUUUUCGACUAAAUCAUUAUGGAUCAAAGUUACCUGGACCACCACUUGAACGCAUUAUGGGUAACGCAAAUAUAUUGAAAAACAAGACCAGUGAUAAGAUGGGGCUCGUUUUCAAAGAAGAAGCGAGAAAAGCUCGUGAACGAGGAGACAGUAUUGUAAGAUACUUGUUGCCUGGAAAGUUGAUUGUCUGGCCAUUGAACGGAAAAGCGGUUUCUCAAGUCCUUGACUCAACCACUGAAAUUCACAAGGGAUCCGAUUAUGAGAUGUUCAAACCUUGGAUAGGAGGACUUCUCUUAUUAGUGGGCGACACCUGGAAAUUUCAUCGAAAGCUGAUCACACCGACUUUUCAUUUCGCCAAGCUUGAAGGAUACUUCAACGUUUUCAAUUCGGAAUCUAAGAUUCUAACGGAAUUGCUAGAAAAGUUUGCGGAUUCUGGAGAAACUGUCGACAUCUUCCCAUACAUCAACAGAUGUCUUCUUGAUAUCAUUUGUGAAGCUGGAAUGGGAACCAAAGUAGAUGCUCAAUUCAAUCACGACCAUCCCUAUCUGAAAGCAGUCAAAGGAUACGUUGAAUUGAUGAUGAAAACAAGUACUCGGCCAUUGCUGUGGAAUCCAUUCUUGUUUUGGGCACUCGGAUACAAGAGACAACAGAUGGAUUAUUUGAAAACGUUGAAAAAGUUCACAGCCGACGUUAUUGCUGAAAGAAAACAAGCUCGAGAGUUAGAAGGCCAAACCGGAGCUUCAGUUUCUAAGCGAAACAUGAACUUUUUGGAUCUAAUGCUGAGCACAAAAGAGUCCAAUGGAUUGACAGAAGAAGAAUUGAGAAAUGAAGUCGACACUUUUAUGUUUGGAGGCCACGACACAACGACUACAUCUUGUUCGUGGAUGGUUUGGAGCUUGGCACAUCAUCAGGAUAUCCAACAGAAAGUUCAUGAGGAGAUUGUCAGCAAUUGUGGAGAAUAUCCGAAUGAAGAAAUCACAUACGAACAGGCCAACAAGCUUUACUAUUUGGAAUUGGUUAUGAAAGAAUCCAAGAGAUUUUUCCCUCCAGUCGCAGCUGUUCAAAGACAUUUACAGGAACCAAUGGUGAUUGAUGGUCACAAAAUUCCAGCUGGAACAAACAUUGCAAUUGCUCCAUUGGUUCUUCACAGUAAUCCCGAAGUUUUCAAGAAUCCGGAAGUAUUUGAUCCAAAUCGAUUCCUCCCAGAAGAAUGUGCUAAACGACACGCUUAUGAUUACAUUCCGUUUUCUGCAGGAGUCAAAAACUGUAUCGGUCAAAAGUUUUCAGUUUUAAAUGAAAAAGUUUUGAUUUCUCAUCUCGUGAGAAAUUUCAAAAUUGAACCAAUGCUCGAACUCGAUGGGACGAGACCGUGUUUUGAAGUUGUGAGUAGGCCAUCAAAAGGAAUUCCAGUGAAGUUGACAAGAAGAUUGUGA